AGUGGGCAAGGAGUAGUACAAGAUAAACACACAACCAAGAGGAAUACAAUUCAGAACAAAAAAUAUAAUCAGAAAGAUCAAGAAAGAUGGCAUGUGGAACUGGGUUGAGACCAAUCUUCUUAACAGAGCCAUGGCCAAGUUUGCCUUGCAAUUCCAUCUCAAACUUUGUGCCAUCUAUUUUGAGCUUACCCACAACAUCAGAUACUACUAGUUUGAGGUGCUUUGGCUGUAGAAUCUUCAAGACUAGAAAUUUAUAUGAGUUUUCAAGAAAGACCCAUGAUUUGAAAUGCACUCAUACUCAAAACCCUUCUUCAGAUGAUGAAUUUGACCCUGACCAGGACCAAGGCCCUCCUCAAGAAGCUGUUCUUAAGGCCAUAUCAGAGUUGUCAAAGACUGAAGGGAGAAUUGGGCAAACUACAAAUGUGGUUAUUGGGGGUACAGUGACAGACGAUGCAACUAAUGAGUGGCUCACCCUUGAUCAGAAGGUAAAUAUCUACCCAACGGUUAGAGGGUUUACAGCAAUAGGAACUGGAGGCAAUGAUUUUGUGCAAGCUAUGGUUGUUGCCGUUGAAACAGUUCUUAAGCAGCCAAUUCCAGAGGGACAAGUAAAGCAAAAAUUAUCAUCGGGGGGAAAAUAUAUCUCUGUUAAUAUUGGACCGGUUCAUGUUGAUUCCAGUGAGCAGGUCCAAGCUGUAUAUAAUGCUAUGAGAAGAGAUGAUCGGAUGAAAUAUUUUUUGUAGUUCAAUUUUCCUCCCUGUUUUGUAUAAAUGACAGUAAUCUAGCUCUAUUUUUUUUCUCCUUUUCUUAUUUUAGUGAAUGUGUUUUAUACAGUAGGUUGUAAUUAAUUAUUUUCAGAUUGACUUAUUCAAAUCUAGUCUCCCUUCUAUGUUUCGGUGA